UGCGUCCUGGAUUACACGGUGAAAGGGGAAGGCUUUUGGUUCCUGACCCACUCCCAACUCUAUCUUCAGUACACAUGACAAUGGUUGAUCCUCCUUCAGAUGAUACUGAUGGCUUUGACAUGGAUGCUACUGACAGCGAUGAUAUUCCGGAAAUAGCAUUUGCUUACCCAACUCAGUCAGCUCCUGCAGUUCGGUUCCUGCUUCCCGCUGAUGGUCAACCUAAACCACUUUGUUUUGACGUUGCUCUUCCUUACAAACUCAAACUCCUACAGGAUUCCGCUUCAGGGUUUUCUAUGAAUGGAGAGUCUGUGGCAUCUAACAAUGGAUUCCAUCAAAUCAUCAUUCGUUACAAAACAAACCAUCACCUGACAAUAAAUACAAACUCUAUCAGUUAUCAUGAUGGCCAGAACAAUGUUCAGUAUCUGUGGGGUCAAGAGCCGACCCAACAUGCUCAAGAGGGUAUAUACUUGAUUCUGCGGGGCAAUGAAUUUGAUGUUACGAUGGGAAAUAUCCGUGUUGUUAUUCUACUGCAUAAGAAAAACAGUGACGCGUUUCUCUGGCCUGCAAUUUGGCAACAACCUAAAGGCGUCACUUUGUCAGGUAUUUUAGGCAAAGCCAAUAUAUCCUAUGCAGAGAUUCAGGGGUCCAACACGUCAACUCUGAAGAUAAUGGACAAGGAAAUUAUGGUGUCUUUGGCCGAUGUGACAGACUACAGAUAUACUUCUGCUCCAGUUGUCAGAUGUUGGCUUGUGCCGUUCGAGGCUGUGAUGAACGGAGAGAUCUCUGACUUCGCUGUUACUCAGCUGUAAUGUUAUUAUGAUCACAGUUGAAUAAAGGGUCAAAUAAAAAAAAUGAUCUCACCUCAGUUACCUUGUUAUAACUAAUGUUAAUUUCCAUAAUUAAAUGGUCUAUUACUUCUGUCUGAG